CCCACACCCCACACCCACACCUCACCCACACCCACACCCACGCACACCUCCACACACCAUAUCCACACCCACACCCACACACCCACACCCACACCCACACCCACCCCACACAGACGCCCACACCUACACCCACACCCACACCCAGCCAUUGAAUUCGUUCAAAAUUGAAUAUUUUUCAAUCUAUUUACUUCUCGUCCAUAGGCCAAACGAUUAAAUGAACUUUUGCUCAAAUGUGUAUUCGAUGAACAAUUGGAAGUGCGAACAAUUGCAUCAAUGACUUUAUCAGGUUUCUAUCAAUGUGGUUAUAUUGAAUUAACUGCUAAAGAUCUCAACUAUUUUGAUGUUAUGAGCAAGACCAGUUAUUUUACAAAAACUAAUGACAAGAAAGUCAUAUCGGGAGAGAAUACUAUUAAACGACAUGGUGGUUAG